AUGGGUAUCUUCAAUCGCCAUCCCAACGAAGUCCCCGCCGAGACGACCAGAACCACUAGCACCUCGCCCCCUCACCGUAGCGGCACCCUCUUUGGCGGUCGACGUAGCUCCGUCACACACAACGGCGACACAGUUGAAACCACCAACCCAACACGCCGAAGUGGCUUCCUCCACCGCAAUGAAGAUGCCUCUAUUGUUGCAGCACGCCAGCGUGUCAUGAGCGCCGAGGCCGCCGAGAAAGAUGCCGACCGGGCCCUUGUCCAGGCGAGGCAUGCCGUGAAAGACGCGAGGGACCACGUUAAGAGGAUUGAGAGGGAGGCUGCUGAGGGGGCGAGACUUGCAAAACUCAAGCAGGCCCAGGCUCACAGCAUUUCGAAGCGGGCGAAGCCUCUUGGCCGCCACGGUCAUCUUGGAUGA